AUGGCCGAUUAUGCAGAUUUCGAACAUAGGGGUGAACAUAUCGGGUGGCAAGUAGGGCAAAAUGAGCACUUUGUAUUGGAUGGUUCGUGCUUAGUAGGCGAUGUCGGUUCUACUAACAAGGGAUUUCAUCUCCCUGUUGCACGAAUUAAAAAGAUCAUGAAAGAAGGGGAACAUCCGGGUAUGAUUGCUUCGGAUGCACCCAUUUUAUUGGCCAAGGCGUGCGAGAUGCUUAUCAGGGAUCUAACAUUGCAAUCUUGGUAUUGCACCCUUACUACCAGAAGAUGCACAUUGCAAAGGCAAGAUGUAGCGGCUGCCAUUUUUAAAAAUAGUAUUUACAAUUUUAUGUUGGAUGUUUUUAAGCCUGAAGAGUUGUAUCCAAAGUUGGAACCAAAGACAGACAACAUGAUACAAUAUGACGCGGUAAUGAAUGUGAACGAUGGCAUUGGUUAUUCGAUAUCACCGAAUGUCACUAAACCGCGGGAUUCAUACGUGCAAAGUCACGGAGCGAUCGUCCAAACGCAUAAUGCUAUAUACCAAAGGGGAUCAAACCGUUAUAUCCCAAACCAAGCCGCCCAAGGGCAGAUGGUGAAUGCGCCGAUUUCGCAGUUUAUACCCUGCCACGGAAUGCCCGCAAUCAACACUAUGAUUCAUUACUCCAAGAGCGUACCUUCAAGCGGGCAUGUGAUGCAAAAUGGGCACGUUGCCAAAAUCCCCAUGCAAGUUAUACAUAGUGCUAAAUCGCACGCCAUAAUACCGGGCACUUUAACCUACGCAGAAGGAAGCCUGCUUAGUGAACAUCCCACAAACCAAACUUCGCAGGGUCAGAUGCCAUACGUCCAGCACAGAUAUACCGCUCCGCAAGAGAACAUCACGCCCAGAUCCUACCAGCAACCGUACUAG